AUGGAUCGCGGGGUGAGCCUGGAGAACCCCUACGCCAGCGUCAACAUCCCGCGGGAGCAGUUCCAGCAGAGCUUCCUCACUCGCUACCUGCGGGAGGAGCCCACGGUCAUUGCCAACCCCGCAGCCGUGCCCACCUACCGCACCGAGGAGCGGGCAGACCCCGCGGGCAGCUGGAGCAGCCCACCGAUUUCCACCGACAAGUCCUGGUCUCGUCCCUACAACCCCUAUGCCAGCAUGAGGAUGCCCAACGGGGACUCCUCCAGGACUUUCUACACAGUCACCCUGGACAAGCCGCUGAAGGGGCAGGAGCAGGAGGCCAGCAGGGGCUGUGGCUGCUGCGGGUGCUGGCCCUGCUGCAGGAAGUGCUGCUGUGUCAUCUCCUAA